UCCAGCUGAUCCGGCCGUCGGCGAUGUUUUAUUUCCACUGUCCGCCGCAGCUAGACGGUACUGCACCCUUUGGCAAUCACUCUCCAGGAGAUUUCGACGAUGGCUUUCUGCGCAGGAAGCAGCGCCGGAACCGGACAACAUUUACUCUACAGCAGCUGGAAGCUCUUGAGGCAGUUUUUGCUCAAACACACUACCCCGAUGUCUUCACCAGAGAAGAGCUAGCCAUGAAAAUAAACCUCACAGAAGCCAGAGUGCAGGUUUGGUUCCAGAACCGACGGGCCAAAUGGAGGAAAACAGAGAGAGGGGCUUCUGACCAAGAGCCAGGAGCCAAGGAGCCCAUGGCAGAGGUGACGCCACCACCUGUGAGAAACAUCAAUUCCCCGCCCCCGGGGGACCAGGCCCGGAGCAAGAAGGAGGCCCUGGAAGCCCAGCAGAGCCUGGGGAGAACUGUGGGUCCGACGGGACCUUUCUUUCCUUCUUGCUUGCCAGGGACCCUCCUGAAUACAGCCACAUAUGCCCAGGCCCUGUCACAUGUUGCUUCCCUGAAAGGGGGCCCUCUGUGCUCUUGCUGUGUCCCGGACCCCAUGGGGCUGUCGUUCCUUCCCACCUACGGCUGCCAGAGCAACCGCACAGCCAGCGUGGCUGCCCUGCGCAUGAAGGCUCGGGAGCAUUCGGAGGCCGUCCUGCAGUCGGCCAACCUCCUGCCCUCUGCCAGCAGCAGCCCCAACCCCGCGGCCAAGCCGGCGCCCCCUGAUGGAAGCCAGGACAAGAAUCCUUCUGCCAAGGAACAGAGUGUGGGGGAGAAGAGCGUAUGA